CGGUCGAGACCCACCGAUCCUGAACCAGCCGCUGGAGUCGGAGUGGCGACCCGGUGUGGAGCCGGCGGAAAGCCACUGGGGAGAGGCCAGUCUCGGCCAGUUCCCGGCUUGGCUCCGGCUCCAGUUCCUGUGGAGAGCAACAGUCGCGGUCGCAGUGUCCGCCUCCGCCUCCAUCGUCGUCGGGGGAGGGGCCGCUCGGACCCCGGGGUCACUGCCGAGGAAUGAGGAGAGGCGGCCGGGCCCCGCGCUCCGCCCCGGCCUAGAGCCUUGCCCUGAGAGUCGCGAGGGUUCAAGCCUGGAUUUUGAUCUAUGUUCUGCUCACAUCCUGCUGCCUGAGAGAACCUGAUGAUCCCAUGACCCUGGACAUGGAUGCUGUCCUGUCGGAUUUUGUCCGUUCUACAGGUGCAGAGCCAGGGCUGGCCCGAGAUCUUCUGGAAGGAAAGAACUGGGAUGUGAGUGCUGCCCUCAGUGAUUUUGAACAGCUACGCCAAGUCCAUGCUGGGAACCUGUCUCCACCCUUUAGUGGAGGGAGUAGUUGUUCUAAGACCCCUGAAAAAGGGUGUUCUGAUAGAGAACCCACUCGCCCUUCUCGACCAAUCCUACAGAGACAGGAUGACAUCGUUCAAGAAAAACGCCUGUCUAGGGGCAUCUCCCACGCCAGUUCCAGCAUUGUUUCCCUGGCCCGGUCCCAUGUCUCCUCCAAUGGUGGGGGUGGGGGGAGCAGUGAGCACCCCCUGGAAAUGCCCAUCUGUGCCUUCCAGCUUCCAGAUCUCACUGUGUACAAAGAAGACUUCCGAAGCUUCAUAGAGAGGGAUCUCAUUGAACAGUCCAUGCUGGUCGCCUUGGAACAGGCAGGGCGUUUGAAUUGGUGGGUCAGUGUGGACUCCACCUGUCAGAGGCUGCUUCCUUUAGCAACUACUGGAGAUGGGAACUGCCUCCUGCAUGCAGCCUCUCUUGGGAUGUGGGGUUUCCAUGAUAGAGACUUGGUGCUGAGGAAAGCUUUGUAUGCACUAAUGGAGAAGGGUAUCGAGAAGGAAGCAUUGAGAAGACGCUGGAGGUGGCAGCAAACACAGCAGAAUAAAGAGUCAGGACUGGUGUAUACUGAAGAUGAAUGGCAGAAGGAAUGGAAUGAGUUGAUCAAGCUUGCCUCAAGUGAACCCAGAAUGCAUCUAGGUACCAAUGGAACCAGUGGUGGUGGAGUGGAGAGUUCAGAGGAGCCAGUAUAUGAGAGCCUAGAGGAAUUCCAUGUCUUUGUUCUUGCUCAUGUGCUCAAGAGGCCUAUAGUGGUCGUGGCAGACACCAUGCUGAGGGACUCCGGCGGGGAAGCAUUUGCCCCUAUUCCAUUUGGAGGGAUCUAUCUCCCCUUGGAGGUCCCAGCCAGCCAGUGUCACCGAUCUCCUCUGGUGCUCGCCUAUGACCAGGCCCAUUUUUCUGCACUUGUGUCGAUGGAGCAGAAGGACAGUGCCAAGGAACAAGCUGUGAUCCCGCUCACAGAUUCAGAGCAUAAGCUGCUGCCCCUGCACUUUGCUGUGGACCCAGGAAAAGGCUGGGAGUGGGGCAAAGAUGACAAUGACAAUGUCCGAUUGGCCAGUAUAAUUCUGUCCCUGGAGGUCAAAUUACAUCUGCUGCAUAGCUAUAUGAAUGUGAAGUGGAUCCCACUGUCAUCUGAUGCACAGGCUCCUCUGGCCCAGCCAGAGUCCCCCACAGCCUCAGCUGGAGACGAGCCCAGAUCCACUCCUGAGUCUGGAGAAUCAGACAAGGAGUCAGUUGGCAGCAGUUCUACUGGCAAUGAGGGCAGCAGACGGAAGGAGAAGUCGAAGCGAGACCGGGAGAAGGACAAGAAGAGAGCAGAUUCUGUGGCUAACAAACUGGGCAGCUUUGGCAAGACCUUGGGCAGCAAGCUUAAGAAGAACAUGGGGGGCCUGAUGCAUAGCAAGGGCCCUAAGCCUGGAGGACUGGGGAGUGGGUCUGGAAUAAGCAGUGGUACCGAGACACUAGAGAAGAAGAAGAAGAACAACUCAUUGAAGAGCUGGAAGGGUGGCAAGGAGGAUGCAGCUGGGGAUGGGCCUGUGUCAGAGAAACCCUCGUCUGAGUCUGCUGGCAAUGGAGGGAGCAAGUAUAGCCAGGAAGUGAUGCAAAGCUUGAGCAUUAUGAGGAUUGCAAUGCAAGGGGAGGGCAAAUUUAUUUUUGUUGGAACUCUGAAGAUGGGCCACCGGCACCAAUAUCAGGAGGAGAUGAUCCAGCGCUACCUUGCAGAUGCUGAGGAGAGAUUCCUGGCAGAACAGAAGCAGAAGGAAGCUGAGAGGAAGAUCAUGAAUGGAGGGUUAGUUAGUGGGCCUCCUCCAGCCAAAAAGCCAGAGCCAGAUGGUGGGGAGGUCCCCCCCAGUGACCCCCCAGCAGAGUCGAAGGCACUGGCAUUCUCUGCUGGUUACCCUGGGGGCUUUACUAUCCCGCGACCUUCUGGGGGUGGAGUCCACUGCCAGGAGCCCCGCCGGCAGUUGGCAGGGGGCCCAUGUGUAGGUGGCCUUCCACCAUAUGCCACCUUUCCCAGACAGUACCCUCCUGGGCGACCCUACCCCCACCAGGACAACAUCCCAUCUCUGGAGCCAGGCAAAGAUGGAGUUCACAGGGGUGCCUUGUUACCACCCCAGUUCCGUGUGGCUGAUUCCUAUAGCAAUGGCUACAGAGAGCCUCCUGAGCCAGAUGGAUGGGCUGGAGGUCCCCAGGGCAUUCCCCCAACCCAGACCAAAUGCAAACAACCGAACUGCAGCUUCUAUGGACACCCGGAGACAAACAACUUCUGCUCUUGCUGUUACAGGGAAGAACUGAGGAGGGGGGAACUGCUGGCGCAUAGGUUCUGAAUGGGUGGGACCUGGCGGGAAGGGGCUAAACAAAGAAAAGUUAAGCUCAGCUCUGGCUCAUCAAGACCCGGCCCCUGUGUUGAUGGGGCAAGUGCAGAGUGUUUGUGGGAGCUGGAGUGCUGGCAGGCUGGCGAGAGCAGGACAGGGCUAGUCCUACCUCAAGGGCUGUACUACUCUUACGCAGUUUGGCUUGAGACUGCAAGACAGAAGGGGAAGACUAUCUCAUAACCUCUUGCCCUAUUCCAGGGCCCAAGGGAAAGUGGGGAAAUAAUUGGUGUGUGUGGGUGGGAGGUGGGUGGACAUCUUGUGGGAGGAACCUGGAAAGAAGGUUUUCAGUCAGUUAAGGAAAAAUAGACCAAAGUUCAUUGACUUUAGAAAAAAAGCACAUGAUGAUGGAAUUGGGAGCAUAGGGCGAACCUGAGAACAAGUUUGAUCCUGGUCUAAAUUAGGUAGAUGUCAGGCAUGUGUGCUUGGCCUACUUAGAAAGGGUAUUUAAAUCCCAGUGAGUGGAAAUAGGAACCUUCAAGGGGGAUUCUUUGCCUCGUAAGUGUUAUGUUCUUCUAGAUAGUCAUCUGUCAUCCGUUCUAGUUUUAGGGGAGAUUGUCUAUUGCCCCCAUCUUUUCCUCAUCCAUUUUGAGGACUAAGUUCAGCUAAGUUUUAAGAAGUUGUGAUUAAAAAAAAAAAAGUUUUUAUUUUAAAAGCAAGUCCCUUUAGGGGGAGAGGAGGGUGGUAAGAGCAGCCUUGUGUGUGGGCUUCUCUUCAGGUGGGUGGGUACAGAGGAAUCUAUUUUUAACUACUUAGCAAUAACUAUAUGUGGGGUUUGAGUGCACUGAGGAAGGCGGAGGAAGGCCAGACGCUCGGCCAGACUGUUUGAAACAAUACCAAAACCCUAUACAGAGUUCUCGUCCUCUGCGGCUGCCUUUCUAGAGAAAGCAGCUUAGUGUACUAAUUUUUUAAAGAAAAAGAAAUAAGAUCCUGACAAAAAAAGAAUUAAAAAUUACUUACUCCCUAUCCCCAUUUAAGCGAUUUUUUUUCUCCUUCCUGUCUAUUGCUGGAGAAUGAACUUAACAUCCUGGCUUCUUUUGUUAAGCCAUAGCUGACCUUAAUCUAUGGUUAGUUUAUUAAAAUAAUAAAAAUACUUUGUAAGAAGAAUAUUUUUGAUAUUAGGGCUGGUAUUGAAGUGUGGGAAAGGGCCUUUUAUAAAGGUAGCUAGAGAAAUAUAUUUUAGUGAACCGUAGCCACAGGCCCAGAUUAGCCCAGUGAGCGGAUCUGCCUUUGGAUUUCUCCCUUUUCCUGAGCCAACCCUGUUCUCCAGAGGGGUGGAGUGGCCCCAGUGGUGAGAGCGCCCUUGCAGUUUGCACAAAGCACAAGUCUGGACAGCUUAUGCUCUGACCAGAGCCAUUUCUAAGAGCUUUAAACCAGAAGACUAUCUUUCACCAAUUGUCCUUUUUCCUUAUAUUUUUUUUCUGGGGGAAAAAUCAUCUAUGCAAUUGUGUACACUUGUGGCUGCAUAUGACAAAGAGGUGUGUCCGGAGUGUUAACUGGACUGUGCUCUGGGCUUUGAUUUCUUUGCUGAGUGAGGGAUGUCAUCACCCACUAAUGGAAUGUAAUUCUCACAUUUGAUCUAAGUCACAAAUGGCUCUGUGUGUGUGUGUGUGUGUGUGUGUGUGUGUGUGUGUGUGUGUGCGUGCGUGCGUGCAUGCUUGAGGAACCCUUGUCUACAUGCUUCUUCUGCCUGGUUAGGAAAAUGGUCACACCUCGCCUUGAUAACGAAGCUAGUCAAAAAUUUCUCAGUGAAAUUAUUUAGUUUUUCCCCUCCAAAAAUUUGAAAGUCACUCACUUCCAUAUCUACCAUAUCUGUUGAUUUAAUAAUUUCCUAUCGUUAUUUUUAGGCAAUUUUUUGUUUGUUUCUUUGAUACUUAGUCCUGGCUGGCCAGCCUGGUACUUGCUACAUAGACCAGGCUAGCCUUCAAUGCAUAGCCAUCCUCCUGCCUCAGUCUUCUGAAUUGUAGGAUCUAGGCAUGAGCCACCACGCCCAGGUUUCUUUAAGCUGGAACCUAAUAUAGGACAAGCAUUUCUGACUGGUGUAUAAUUUAAAGGUCUAUUCAAAAAUUGAGGGGUUUUUGUUUUUUUUUGUUUGUUUGUUUUUUGAUAGGGUCCUACUCUGUAGCCUAGGCUGGCCUCAAAUGUAUGACUCUCUUGCUUCAGCUUCCCAAGUGCUAGGGUCACACCGUCAAGUAUAGAAACACAAUAUAAAACCCAGAUUGACCAAAACAUCAAAAUCUUGGGAUAUAACAGGAAUUGGUAUUAAGGUAAAGAAGUGAGCCCUGAACUGAACAACUAUGAGGACAAAUCCUAUUUAAAUUUUGAUACGUUCAUAAAGUUUGUUCUUUUUAAACAUUUUUUGAUUUUUUAAAAAAUAUUGCAUCAAGAUAGUAUUUAUCUUGAUUCCUGGGUUUUAAGCACUCCUUCAGUUUUUCUCCCAAGGUGAAUGAAUGCCUGUGCCUUGUUCUCAUCCUUUUAGACUUGUCCCGGUUCCUGGAGUUUGAAUGACACUGGUGAAGCCUUCACCAGAUGAGCCUCUCCCUUCUGACACUACAGACACCAUGGUGUCCACUGCUCAGUCAUUCUCCCAUACCCUGCAUAGAUGCCUGCCUAAGUGGAUAGGAACAGAGAGCCUGGCAGGGGUUUUCCUAUCAAGUAAAACAGGGGAGUUGCUCUCCUUGGACUGCUGUGUUUGGACUUGAUCUGUUAUUAGAUUGUAUUUACCACUCUUGUUUUUAAAAACUGAGGACAAAUGAAGAGAAACAGAAACCUUGUAUCAUGUUUGUUUUUAUUCAUAUGGUACCCAAUCUUAAUUGUUUGCCUUUCCAAAGCAAAAAUAAAAGGAAGUUCCAGGGAAAGGGAAGGGUGUUCUAAGAUGGUGUGGAAAAUGGGUCUUAGGCCCUUUAACUUCUUGUUAAAUCUGUUUCAAUUGGGAGGAUGACACCAAAAGGCCUCUCCAUUCUCUGAAACAUUCUUUUUUAAAAUAAGGAGUGGUGGACUUUAUUUUUCAUUCUUUUUGGGGGUGAAGGAGGGGUUGAGUAGGAUGGAAUUAAUAAUGUCUAGAAAACAAAACCGAUACGGACCGGCCUGUCUUUUGGGAUAGACGAGCCCAUGCAAUUGCUGUGGUGGGGAAAAGGGAGGGAGGGCCAUGUGGGGGCUUUCAAGUGAGUAGAACCUCCCUUGUUUAGGAGGUCACAUGAGUGACGGAAGGCAGACCCUGUAUCCUUAGAUGAGGCAUGGCCUCAUCUCUCAGGCUUCCAUUUAAGUGCAAUUAUUCCUGUCAAUCCAGGGCAUCUGGGCUUCUGCUGAAGUGGGAUGCAGAGAGGAGAUCUUCAGGGUUCUUAUUUUUCUCCUUUCACUUAACAUGGUUGCACUCUCCACCCUACAUUCUGUGUUCUCAGCUUACAGCAAAUACACCAGAGGGCCAUCCUCCACAUCCUUCCUCUUAACUCAUGCUGGCUUAAUUGAGAAUUGCAAAAGAUUUCCUCAUACUGUUUUAUAAAUAAUAUAAAUCGUAUCUUUUUAUUUAGUUUUUAAGAUGCAAUUUCUAAGAGUGACGGAUGGUGUUAAGUUCCCUGCUGUGCCUUAAAGUAGAAGUACCUUCCUCGCUAUAGGCUUCCAAAGGCCACAGACCAAUAAAGCAAAAAUUAGCAUGAUUUUAUAUUGUACACUUGGGAGGUGAUCCUGAGCCCAGAGAAUGGAGCUGGUUCUCUGAGAUCUGGCUCUUGCCUUUCUUCCUUCAGUCACAUGCCCAAGGUUCCAGGCACUUUGUUUUUCCUUCAAUAAAGGAGCAUUUGGAAAUAAUUGUGAGUUACUCAGACACCUCUGGACUGUGCCCUCAUUUUCCAAGGAGGCAGUAUCAGCCAUAUAGCCAUAGGUGAAUUGGAAGCCAUUUUCUGGCUUAGAAACACAUGUACCCCAGAGUCUCAUAAUUUUCUUCUUUCCCUCCAUCUCCAGUUGCUGAUUCAAUGAGUCAUGGAGGCACUCUGUCUCUUUUAAUGUUUUGCAGACUUAAGCUGAUUAACUACCACGCUUCCCUGUAGAAUUCCUGUGUCUGCUUCCUCCAUUGGCUGUCUGGGUUGGGGGCAGCAGAAGUGAUGGAAGCUGUCUAAGGAGUGGGGUGGGAAGGACCUUGGCCUCUUUCUGUGUUUAUAACUGGAUCUGUGAUUCAUCCUCUGAGUCACUCAGCUCCACCUCCCUCCUCCGGCUGCCCCUCCCAACAGCCCUUGCUCCUGGCACAAACGUGUAACCAAAAUAGGGGUCUGAAAAUGAAAAACUGAUAGAGCUCUUUGCCCCUCUCUGCCCUUUCCAUCCCAUGGGCUUCUGGGUUUGUGCUGCAAUCUUCCGUUACCUAACCCACGGCUGCUACCCCUUUCGCAUUUCUGGUUAGGUGAUGAUCCAAAUCACCCAAUUUAUUUAUGGUUUCUCCCAGUUCUGACUAUUCCUUCCUCUGUAUUCUGCUGCUCCCAUACCUUGAGGUAUUAAAAAAUAGAAUGAGGCUCUCUGAAGGAAGAAGGUGGGGUGAGGAAAAGUGGAUCGUGGGAUUUUAAACCAUGGGGGUGGGGCACACCUCUCUACCUGCUGCUUCCCUCUUACAGCCCGUACUGUAUUCCACAAGACAUUGAGGUGUGGGGCGGGGUGGGGGUGGUGGUCAGCGGCCUUUUGGAUUCCUACAGUCGGGCUUCUGGGGCUCUUGCUAGCAAGUACAUACCUGUUUGUUCCAGACUGACUCUGCUCGGGCUACCUUCACUAUUUCCACAGUUGCUGCCAACCCUGGGAACUUGGGAAGCUGAGGCUGGAAGGAUGUGUGCUGUGGGGAGGGGAGUAUUGGGUGUCACGGCCCCCACCUUAGGAUUGCUGCCUCUGUACAGACUCAGAAACAAUAAAACAGCAGCUCAUUA